CUUAGCCCUUGGUGUUUCUCUUCAUAGGGUGACAGAGAGGAAGUUCAGCUGAUCAGCGUAGAAAGUUCUGGAGGGGUUGGCAGAGACUCCCCAGUGCUUCUGUGCAGGGAAUAUUGCAGCAAUUAGAGUUGUUUUUCCCUAAUUAUUUGUGCUGGUGAAUUGAGUAGUGGAAAGGCAAUGUGUUGAAGGAAGACCAGUUGCAAUUUGGAUGUGCUCCCAUAACCUAAAAUGCUUUUUAGAUGUAGUGGCUCAGAACUGAGGCUUUUGAAACUAGCACCUGAGUAUCUAGUGUCACCUACAGGCUUGUAGCCUAUAGUGAGAACUUGCUGGGAAGUUCUUGAUUCAUUAGGCAUCUGAUCCUGAAAACUGCAUCCUAACAUCGUUGCCUGACUUUUAGGAUAGGAUCCGAUUUUGGAGAGUUGUGCAGAUUUACCAUAAGGCAAAUUCUAAGAUGCAAUUUCAGCUUUCUAGAAGUUUUUUCAUGGCAAUAACCAGUGUAAAUUAUGUACUUAAACCCCAAAACACCACAGUCAUGGUCAGCAGUUGUUGGAGUCUUUUGUUCAAAACCCUUUAGGUGUGAAGUAGAAGGAAGGUGUAUUUAUUUCCUCUGUAAGUUGAUGUAAGAGGAUGUUGACGGUCAGUUUCAAAACUGCAUUUGUUAAUGGCAAACAUUCCGACCAGCUUCUGUGUUUGGGUCAAAAGUGCAUGUUUAUAUUUGUAGUGUGUGACUAGCUAAAAUUGGUUUUGUUUUGUCAGAAGAAAAUCAGGAGGCUGAUGCAGAAGAAGCACCAACUGUUCAUGCUGUUGAGAUGUCCUGUAUUCCAUUGUUAAUGGAACCAACACCUUCCAGCUCUGAGGUCCAGGGAGCCGCAAAAAUUAGGAAUAAUGAUGCUGCCUCCAGACUUUUGAUUCCUCCUCCUGAUGAUAAUGAAAGCAAAUCUAUUCAAAGAAAGAGAGUGCUUCCAUCUUGGAUGUUGGAAAGAGAUCUCCUGGUGCAAAGGGUUUCCAAGCCUGUAAUGACAGGAGGUGGUAGAAAGAAAAAGGGCCAAGGAUGGGGAGGUCAGACAAAGUCAUUAAAAUCAGAAGUACAUGUACAGCAGAAAAAAAGAUCAGCUUCAGAAGAAACUAUAGGGGAUUUUGAAGGUGGAGAGCAAGAUCAAGGGAAAAGGAGCUGCCUUUCCAUCCCUGUUGCUUCAUCUCGGAAUACAUCUGGAUUUCCUCUUGAGACUACCAUGAGGGAUAUGGAAGGAAGUGGCAAGACUGGAACAAAAAGCCCUGGAAGUUCUUUGGAAAAGAAUGAUAGGCAGCUGCAUAGCAAAUGGUCUAAAAGAGUUGAUCAGAUCUCCAGUAAAGACAAUAGAAUUGAGGAAACAGAAAACAAAGAGCAGAUUACUGGUUCUACAAGCCGACAAGCUCACUAUGGCAGGACUUCUCAAUAUUUUGGUGCCCAGGAAGGGAUUCUUGAGCCUGAUGCAAAUCUGGACUACAACACUGAGAUUUCUGAUUCAUCCAGAAGUGCAGAUGCUUCAGAAAGCUUCAAACAGAUGCAGCAUAAGAGGACACCUUGCAUGUAUGGAAGUGGCUGUUACAGGAAGAAUCCCAUUCACUUCCAGCAGUUCAGUCAUCUUAAUGAUGAUGACUAUCCUGACAUGGAGAUGGUGGCCAAGGGUGACAAUGACAACCGGCCGGAGUGUCCGUAUGGAACGGCUUGUUACAGGAAGAACCCCCAGCACAAGCUGGAAUACAAGCACAGUGCACCUCCAGUAACUGGAAGAAGAACACGACAACGAACUUCAAGCAAUGGUGAGUGUAUUCUAAAUUAUGGGUGGGCACAUCAGCCUGGGACACAGUUGGUCUGCUGUGGCUCUUUUGGCGUUUAAUAGUGCCAGAGAUGCUUGAUAAUACUUAGCUGAGGAGAAAGUAGUCCUUGUUUUAGUAAAAUCCUUCCUGUUUUCUUACAAGUAAUAGCGCUUCAGUUGAAUUUCUGCCAGUCUUUCUGGAUAAACAUACCUGUAUUUCCCUAGAAACAGACAAGAAAACAAACAUAUUUUAAGGAGAGACACAUAUGGCUAAAUGGUGUCUUUCAUCUUCACUCCUUAUACAGCAGCCAUAAUAGGAUAAAGGAAUCCAGUAUUUCGUUCACAGCUGGUUAUGGUUGCCUUAUAAGGAGUGAUUUCUCCUGCAACAUGGACAUACUCCCUCUGCAUUGCAUUGACCUUUAAAUAACUUUCAGGUGAUAAUCUGUGCAUGUGCUGAUGAACUUGCUUACUCUUAGAGUGAGGUAUUGAUGUUUCAGGGCUUGUUAGGAUCAAAGUGUAGAAGUUUAUGUAUGCUGUGAGCACAUAAGUUUUAAACAUGCUUAGGUCUGCUUCCAGGAUUCUUUUGUGUCUUAUCUUCCAAAUGUGAAGCUUCCUUUGCUUUCUGAAAUUAAAAGUGAACUUUGAAGAGUAGUGUGAAAGUCUGAUGCUGUGCGGUGUUCACUUUCAGUGGCAAGAGUAAGGCAGGAGGGUGUGGAACUGCUGCAUUUUGAGUGGGAGUGGGGAUGGGCUUGCCUUCUUUGAGAUCACCAGGGAGUGGCUGAGAAUGUCCUAAAGGAAUCUUCAAAAUAGAUCUGCUUUCUACAGAAAAUAAAUAAAAGUGCAAAUAGCUGUAGUGUUUUGGCCUCCAUUUCUGUUGUGGGUGAAUGCAGGAGGUUGUUUUAAACUUACUACUGAGAAAUUUCUUUGCCAUACCAUUUCCUUGUCAAAUUUGUGUGCACUUUGGCUGUCACCAAAUAUUUGCUAUGCUUAUAUCUGUGCACCAGCAUAUUCUGAGGCGUGUUUGUUACAUGUGUGCUUUAGUGCAUCCUGUGUUACAAGUACCAGACCCAUCUUGGUCAGAGGUCUGUGGUAGAAAUUUGUGUUUCAGCAUUGAGGCAUGCACUGAGUGGUGAAGAUUUUAGAAUGAAGAAGGUUGGGCUAUGUGCAUAUCUAAAAGUCUAGAUAUAUUCUUGAAGGUUUUAAAUUGCAGCUGUGCCUCUCAUAAGAUCCUUACCCAAAUAGUAGGUCCUGUGUGUGCAGCUGAUGGUCAGGCAAGGGUGACUCGGAAGGAAGAAGUGCUGCUCUUGUAGCAUGUAAAACUUGCACACAGAAGUGAAAUUCAGUCUGUUAAGUUCAGCUUUUCUUACUAAGAACAAACUGGGGAAGAAUUGAUAUUCUGCACACAUGUGAAAGAAGGGAAUUAAUUUAUUAAGUUCUAUUUAUAUUUGCUACUUUUUUUUUUUUAAUGUCUUGUUGACUGUUUUACUUAACUCUGUGGAGGGCAAAGCUUAUAAAGGUGGUGCUCAGCAGGUUCACACCUGAGACCAUCAUACCACGUCCUGCAGUGGCAGACGGUAAGGGCUCCAUUAACCUUUUGUCAUAUUUGGCACAACUGCACCGUUAGACACAGCAAGAUUAAAUUCCCUACGAGUGUAUUUAAAUUCCACCAACCAAGAGAA